GCCAGGUGAUAUGAGCCCUAGGUUUAUGGGAAGGGAGGGCUGAGCUGAAAGGCAAAGAAAACAAAGCGCGCCAUGAGCGUAAUAGUAUGAUAUUUAUACUCACUGCCGAUGGCGAUAACUUCCCUCAGAGGCAAGGGCAACAAUCACUUGUUAUCUCGCCUCAAACUCCUUCUUAACCAGCAACAGCAGAGACUCGCCCACACGCUCUCCGAAGGCCCUCAGUCCCGCCCAAAAAUGGUUCCUGAGUCGGUCCAUGAAGAGGGGUUGAUUGACAUGUCGAAAUGGAGAAAGGUGGAUUCGAGGGUGCUUGGGAUAACACGGUCCAUGAUUCCCGAGUCAUCUUGGAACGUCUUGAGAAUACUUCGAAGGGAAGGGUUUGAAGCCUACUUAGUGGGCGGAUGUGUGAGGGACUUGAUCCUCAAAAGAAUUCCUAAAGACUUUGAUGUGAUCACUACAGCUAAUCUUAAGCAGAUCAAGAGGCAGUUCCAUCGUGCACAAAUUGUCGGACAACGAUUUCCUAUAUGUAUGGUGCAUAUUAAAGGUUCUGUCAUAGAGGUAUCCAGUUUUGAAACGGUGGCAAAAGCAAAACACUCCGAUAAAGAAGUUACUUUCUCUCAAAUGCCAAAGGGCUGUGAUAAGAAAGAUUUCAUCCGCUGGAGAAACAGCAUGCAUCGAGACUUCACAAUUAACAGUUUGUUCUUUGAUCCUUUAUCAAAUAAAAUCUUUGAUUAUGCAAAUGGAAUGGCGGAUUUGAAAUCCUCAAAGCUACGGUCGUUAGGCUCCGCCAAGUUGUCAUUUAAAGAGGAUUGCGCAAGAAUUUUACGUGGCUUAAGAAUUGCUGCUCGUCUGAGUUUGAAAAUUUCAAAAGAAACCGAGACAGCUAUACAUAAGUUUUCUUCAUCCAUUUCGACAUUGGCAACGAGUAGAAUUAUGAUGGAAAUGAACUAUAUGCUUUCUUAUGGAGCUGCUGAGCCAUCUCUCUGUCUGCUUUGGGAAUUCAAUCUACUCAGAGUUCUACUUCCAAUUCAUGCAGCAUACUUGGAUGAACAGAGGAUUAGGAAGUUUCCUCAGAAUUCCACGAUGUUGAUGAAACUAUUCUUUAAUUUGGAUAAAGUUGUCACGGUUGAUCGACCUUCUGACUGCAGUUUAUGGGUAGCUCUGUUGGCUUUUCACAUGGCACUGGUCAGUCACCCUCAAGACGCUCUUGUGGUGUUCACCUUUGCUUCUAUCCUGUAUCGUGGGGGAUGCAAAAAGGGUCUUACAUUUGCUAGAGACAAUGCUCAAGUGAUAGUUGACUAUCUACCUGAGAUCUCAAGUUCAUCUGCAUGUAAAUCAAAGGAAGAGCUUGAAAAAGAAGUUUCCCUAUUGGCCUCUCUUGUUUUAGAUUCUAUUGCUGCUCUAACUGCAACUGAGAGUCUUGUCGAAACGAUGUCUAAGUAUCCUGAAUCUCCAUGCUCUGGAUUGGUAUUUGUACCAAAGAAAACUGCCCAAAGUGUUGCUGAAAUUUUUAGAGUUCUGGCGGAUGACAUCAAAUCUUACAACAGAGAAAGAAAAAGUUAUGAAAUUGAUUACCCUGUACUUCGGAAAGGUUUUCUGCACGAGACAAGAUUUGUGCUUGGCAAAAUUAUUUUAGAAACCAUGAGCAGUAGUAUUUUGAAAGGGGAGGAAUUUGUUCAGGAGGACUACCGACACCUGGAGCAGGAGAGCAUUAAGGAAAAUUGCAAUAAGGGUAAAAAACGUGGCCUUAAACCUGAUACUCCUGAACUAAAACAAGAGAUUGCGAAGAAACAUAAGUUGGUCGAAAAGAAAUGCAGACCGUUGGAGCAAGAGAUGGAUAUUGAUAACCAAGAUGCUGUAACAAUAUCACAAUUGGUUUCAGUUCUGGGACAUAAUGUAGAGAAGGAAACAUGCCAGUUACCUGAAGAGAAGGUGAUAAAGAAAAAACAUAAGGCAACGAAGCAGCAGUGUGUACCAUGGGAUGAGGCAACGAAGCAGCAACUAAAGACAGUUGAGAAGAAUAAUGACAAGGAGAAUGACAGUCUAUCUAGUCUCUCGAACGGUGAGAAGGUACAGAAACGAAAAGUACCAGACAAGGGGGAGAAAAGCAGUCAAUUUCGACUGUCUAGUCUCUUCAAGUAAACAUAAUUUUGCAACUGACAAAAUGACAUGUAUGUUCAGAAGGUCUGUAGAAGCUGACAUAUCCUCAUACCCCAGAUUUUGCUCAUUGUAACAUUUGCUGUCCUCCUAUUCCCAUUUCUUUUCAUUCUUCAGGUUUUAGCACUUUUUGAAGUAGGCUUAGGUAAUACUUGUGUUUGAUUAAGAGGCACUAGAGAAUAGUUUGUAUUACAAAUUUUGUAUUAAUUUCAUGAUUUGCUGGCGCUGAA